GAAACGUGAGCGCGGAAACUUAAAGGGCGCGCACGCCUUGUGGCCGUAAAUACGUCAGAGGAGCGCGCCCUCGUUCUUUCUUUCUCUCGUCCUGAAGAUGGCGGCAGGGACUCUGUACACGUACCCAGACAACUGGCGGGCCUUCAAGGCCCAGAUUGCAGCCCAGUACAGUGGUGCUCGCCUCAAAGUGGCCAGCAGCUCCCCUGCCUUCACCUUCGGGCAGACAAACCGUACUCCUGCCUUUCUCAACAACUUCCCUCUGGGCAAGGUACCUGCCUACCAGGGAGAUGACGGCUUCUGUCUGUUUGAGAGUAAUGCCAUUGCUCACUACCUGAGCAAUGAUGCCCUGCGUGGUGCCACUCCCCAGGCCGCAGCCCAGGUGCUGCAGUGGGUGAGCUUCGCUGACUCAGAGAUCAUCCCUCCAGCCAGUGCAUGGGUCUUCCCCACUCUGGGAAUCAUGCAGUUCAACAAGCAGGCCACAGAGCAGGCCAAGGAGGACAUUAAGAGAGUUCUCACUGUGCUGAACCAACACCUGAACACCCGCACCUUCCUUGUGGGAGAGAGGGUCAGCCUUGCUGACAUCACUGUGGCCUGCUCCAUGCUCUGGCUCUACAAACAGGUCCUUGAGCCUUCUUUCCGUCAGCCAUACGCCAACGUGACCCGCUGGUUUGUCACCUGUGUCAACCAGCCCCAGUUCAAGGCUGUCCUCGGAGAGGUCAAGCUGUGUGAAAAGAUGGCCCAGUUUGAUGCCAAGAAGUUUGCUGAGAUGCAGCCCAAGAAAGAGACCCCCGCUAAGAAAGAGAAGGGAGGAAAAGAGGCUGCCAAGCCUCAGGAGAAAAAAGAAAAGAAAAAGGAAGAGAAGAAGCCAGCCCCAGAAGAGGAGAUGGACGACUGUGAUGCUGUUCUGGCCGCUGAGCCUAAAGCCAAGGACCCCUUUGCACACCUGCCUAAGAGCGCAUUUGUCAUGGAUGAGUUCAAGAGGAAGUAUUCCAACGAGGACACUCUGACAGUAGCCCUUCCCCACUUCUGGGAGCACUUCGACCGUGAGGGGUACUCCAUCUGGUAUGGCCAGUACAAAUACCCCGAGGAGCUUACACUUACCUUCAAGAGCUGCAACCUUAUCACAGGUAUGUUCCAGCGCCUGGACAAACUCAGAAAGAAUGCCUUCGCCAGUGUCAUCUUGUUCGGCACAAACAACGACAGCAGCAUCUCUGGCAUCUGGAUCUUCAGAGGCCAGGACCUGGCCUUCACUCUGUCUGAAGACUGGCAGAUCGACUAUGAGUCAUACGACUGGCGCAAGCUGGAUCCAGACAGCGAGGAGUGCAAGACCAUGGUAAAGGAGUACUUUGCAUGGGAGGGAGACUUCAAGCACGUGGGUAAAGCAUUCAACCAGGGUAAGAUCUUCAAGUGAGAGGACACUGGGACAGUCUGAACGAAAGCACUCUGCGCUUCUGCUCUCCAAAACUUACAACCUAUGGACUUUCAGCCACCACGUGCUUACUUAACUGCAAGAAUGACUUGGAAUGACAGUGUUUAAAGACGACUGAAUUUUGUCUCAGUGGCCCCAAACUGGGUUUUUGUUUUGACCUGCAAAAAUAAAGCAUUUUCCACAAUGCCA